AUGUGCGCGUGCACACCGGUGUGGGCGUGGUUUCUGCCCACAUGGGGCGUGGCCUCAGCGCCCGACGCGGAGCGCGACGUGGGCGUGGCCCGUUGCCCCCUGCAGCCCCAGCCCAGGGGGUGUCCCCGCUGGGACGGGCCUGAGGAGCAUCCCGGUGCUCCGAACCCUCCGGAUAGCGAUGGGGACGAGCUGGAGCGCCCUCGACCAUUCCACAUCUCUGUGACCCUGAGCUGCCCCUCCCCGCCAUGCCCUGCCCAUGGAACCGGCCCCUCUGUGACAUCACCCCGGCCUGGUGGCACUGUGGGCACUGCCAGGGCCCUGGGUGUCACCAGAGGUGACAGCUCUGCUCUGGCUCUGCCACCUGCAGUGUUGGCACUGAUGGCUUUGCUGUGGCUGCUCGUCCUGCUGGCCCUGGCUGGGCCCGUGAGGGGCACCGGGGACACUUGCAAGGGCACCUGCGGGCUCCGGCCCUUGAAUUCCGACCACAGCUCUGCUGGCACGUCCCGUGAGGGUGGCACCAGUGUCCCCUCAGGGGCCUGGCCUGGCAUCGUCAGCAUCCAGGCCACCUGGGAGAACGGCACGUGGCACAUGUGCACGGGUGUCCUCCUCAGCUCCCAGUGGGUGCUCACGGUGGCACACUGCUUCGCCAGAGCCGGGGGCAUCUCCACGUGGGACGUGGUGAUCGGGGCCACAGAUUUGAGACAACGAGGCCCUGGGGCUGUGGUGAGACACAUCCAGAGGCUCCUGGUGCACCAGCGAUAUGUGACUGCCACGGCCAGGAACGACAUCGCCCUGGUGGAGCUGGACCAGCCCGUGGAGUGCAGCAACUACAUCCAGCUGGGCUGUGUGCCCAACCCCUCACUCAGGGUCUCAGAGCUGAAAUCCUGCUACAUCGCCGGCUGGAAAUUUGCCAGAGCUCAGGGAACAGCCAUGGUGCUGCAGGAGGCCAAGGUUCACCUCAUGGACACACAGCUCUGCAACAGCAGCCGGUGGUACGCGGGGGCUGUUCAUGCUGACAACCUGUGUGCUGGGUACCCACAGGGCGGCAUCGACACCUGCAAGGGGGACAGCGGGGGUCCCCUCGUCUGCAAGGACAAUGCAGCUGACUACUACUGGCUGGUGGGAUUGAACAGCUGGGGAAGAGGCUGUGACAGAGCCAGGCACCCCGGGAUCUACACCUCCACUCAGCACUUCUACAACUGGAUCCUGAUCCAGACGAGCCUGAGCCCUGCAGACAUAAGUGGGACAGCACCAGAGCCGAAGUGCGCCCCGACUCCUAAGGCAGAGUUCACCAUGGCUUCUGAGGAGGCCCCGACACCAGGGCCAGAACAAGAGGCACAAACAGAGCCAACACCGGUGCCAGAGCCCACGCCAGAGCUGGUGGUGCCAGGGCCAGGGCCGGUAACAGACAUGCCACCAGCGCCAGAGCUGGUGACACAGCUGAUGCCAGAGCCCGAAGCCAACGACAGUGCCGACGACGGUGCCGACGACGGUGCCGACAACGGUGCCGACAACGGUGCCGACAACCGUGCCGACGACAGCGCCGACAACAGCGCCGACGACAGCGCCGACAACAGCGCCGACAACAAGCCAGAGGAGGAGACAGAGUUGGUGCCCGAGCCGGAGCAGGAGCUGCUGCCGGCGCCGACGACACCGGAGCCAACCAUCCUCCCGGAGCCCGAGGAGCUGGCCCCAAGCCCCGAACCAGAACCGACACAGGCGGCGGACAGGCUCCUGCUGAUCUCGGUGCCGUACCAGAGCCUGCUGCAGUUCUGCAACCUGCUGAGGGAUUUCCUGCUGUUCCUGAGGAGCCAGCUGGGCUGA